AUGGCCAUGCGAAGAAUUGACUAUACUGCAGGAUGUUGUGGUUCUACUGAAGGAACUCUAGAAGUUCGAGCUAUUAAAGAUUUAAGUUUUCAUAGAAAUUUUUUUCAAGUUCUUACUGAUGCUUCAGAUCCUGUGAUUAAUAUCUCAACUUUUGGCAUGCAAGAAACUUAUAGGAAACUGAGAGAUAUUUGGUCAGAUCAAAAGAAUGUCGCCUACGCAAAAGGUGAAAAUAGCUCACAGCAAACUGUAAAGACAGCUCAAGAAGAAUUAUCAAUCACCUCUGGAAAUAAUAAUGAAAUCAUUAACAAUAAUAAAAAUACCAACGAUAGAAACAAUAAAAAGGAUAAAAAGGAUAAGAACGACAAAAAUGAUAGAAAUGAUAAUAAUGAUAGAAAUGAUGAAGAAUCAGUUGAAGUAGAUGAAUUUGGACGAAUGUUGCGUCGCGAUCGUGAUAAUCGUCAACGCGAAGAAGAAUAUAAUCAUAGUGACCAUAGUGAUCAUGAUCAUAAUAAAUUUGAAUCAAGGAGAUAUAGCAGUAGUAGUCGAUCUUCUCGACGUAAACUUUCAGAUGAUCAUUAUGAACCUAGUAGUAGCAGUAGAUCAAGUCAUUAUUAUCAUCGAAAAUAUCAUUUAGAUCGAUAUGUUCCUCGACGUUCAAGUCAGAAUAAAUUAUCUGAUAGCGAAGAGAAUAACCGUAGUGACGAUAAUGAAAGAUAUCAUAAAGAAAGAAAACGAUCUAGAACUUGGUCUCGUAGAUCAUCUGAUAGUGAUGAAGAUGAUAAAAGAUUAAGUGGUAGACCACGUUAUAAUUCCGGAGAACGAGAACAUCGAAGAUCUCAUGAUGAUCCAUAUAUGGCAGCAAGUAGAUAUAUUGACACUGAAUUUUAUCCUAAAAAAAUAUUCGUUGGAGAACUUCGUGAAGUUACUGAACGUGAAUUACAUAAUGCUUUCGAACGCUUUGGUGAUAUAGAAAAUAUUGAUUGGUUACCAGAAAAAGGAAUCGCCUUUAUUGAUUUUGAUACCGAAGAAAACGCUGAUGAGGCACGACGAAAAAUGAAUGGAUCGUUAUUAGGUUCAAGUCAUAUACAAGUAAAUCGAGCUAAACGACCUGAAAGAAAUGUAAAUGGUUUUGGAAAUAUGCCUUGGAGUGAUGCAGAUGGAGUUGAAGCUAGAAAAAAUGAUUUAAAUUCAAUAAAUUAUGAAUUAAAAGAAUUAACAGGUCUAUAUAAAUUAAGUGAGAAUAAUAUAUCUAAAAAUUCCGAAUUUUCAUCAUCGGUUACAAAUGUUUCUUCAUCAACACCGUCAUUUCCUCAACCAAAUUCUUUGGAUCCAAGAAAUCAAAUUCCAAAAAGGAAGAUAAUAGCUUAUGACGAUUUAUAA